UCUAUACGGAAGUCCACCAGCCACGUAUCAUACACGGUGUCUGCAACAUUCUUCCAAUACGCACUCCGCUCAUAUGUGAUCGACAGGGUAGCUAGCUGUCCAGGUGCCGACCUUCCCUCCCCCCACCUCCCCCACUCACGCUUUCCCCGCCGCUCGCACCUGUGCCAGGUAAUCCACUCACAGCCGGCUAUUCAACAUGUGUUCUCUUCAUUCAGUAAAUUGUAUAAUUCGCCCCCAAGCCGAUUGGGCGAUACUCUGAUAGACAGGAUGAAGGUCGUCACGUGACCUGGAGCACAGCAUGUGUACAUAUAUUGAUGAUAGACGACGUAUUUGAGAGACAGUAGGGGAACACAGUCCCACAGCAUCAGGACCAGGCAGUGGCAGACCUUCUCUCAGGGCCCCUCCCUACUGCCCUACUACUACAGACGCUGGCUAUGGUGGGGAAGGUAGCGAGCAGGAGUCUGCACACAACGCUGUUCCCCGUCCCCCAGGCGAGUGUAGGGAGGACCUCUGUACUCCUACCCUAGUGGCAGGCAGAUCGCUAGGGGAGGACUUCCUCAGUGGAAGGAGAAGGACCAUGGACUGUUAUAUUCGAUGGAGUUUUUGUGUAUUAUUUAUUACCGUGAUUUAUAUGUGUGUUGUGACGCCAGCAUCACCCCAGUUAUCCGAGGUGGAUGGAAAGAGCCUGUUCAGGUCCCUGCGAGCCUCUAACUGCAAGGAGGACUGCAGCAGUGUUGCCACACGCCCCGUGUGCGGGACGGACGGGAAAACCUACCUAUCUAGAUGUGAACUCAAAAAGGCAAAGAAGUGUGACGGCAGACGAGUCAAGGUCAGAAAAAAAGGACAUUGUUCAGCCGGUGCUGAGGAUGGGGGAGCCCGUAGCUACGAGGGGAGAUGCCCCGAGGAACGCGCACAGGCAAUGGAGUCGGCUAAACAGGACAAGUCGGUGGUGUUCGUUCCCGUCUGCAGUGGUGACGGCACGUUCGCGGAGGUCCAGUGUCACGCCACCGGCUACUGCUGGUGCAGCACCAAAGACGGCCACCACAUCCCGGGGACGUCCGUGAAAGACCGCCGACCUCGGUGUGGGAGAGGUAGACGAGGUAGGCGCAAAAAGAGGAAGCCGGGAAAAAAACGGAAGAAAAAGCCGUGCACGCCGGGGGAUCGGCUCAAGUUUAACACUGCCCUGGUGGGGGAGUUCACACAGGAGCAUAACCGAGUCAAGAGUUCCGACCAGACACCCCCGACUCCCAGCCCCUCGGCGAGUGAGAGCCAGGUUGAGCGGGAGAAGAAGACGGUGGAGUGGAAGUUUGCACAGCUGGACAAAGAUAACGACAAGCGGCUCAAAUUUAAAGAAAUACGCUCUUUCGUUCGCAUGGUGAAAAAACUUAUCAAACCCAAAGCUUGUGCCAAGACAUUUUUGAACAAUUGUGAUUCCAACCCCGACCGCCACAUAGAGAUGUCAGAGUGGACGUUGUGUCUGGGGAUCGACAUCAAAUACUCUUUUCGAUUGUUCAUAUCUCUGAACUCAGAUGGGCGAACCACGGAGCCUUCGGUUGCACAGAAGAAACAAGACACAUUCUUCCAGUCCCGGCCAGUGUGGAACCCGGCUCUUACCCUCGCCAACACACCCGAGCCGAAAAAGCAUCGUAAGAGGCCGGAGCGAACAUACACCAACAAGAGCUGCGUGGAGGAGCGAGAGGCGGCUCUGACCCAGGACAGCCAGGAGCCCAAUGCCAACAUCUACAUCCCCCGCUGUCAGGAGGACGGGAAGUGGACGAAGGCCCAGUGCCACGAGGCCACCCAGUACUGCUGGUGCGUGGAGGAGGCCACGGGCAUGCCCAUCCCGGGAACAUCCACACACGCGGUGGAACCCAACUGUUCUAUCAGCGAAGACAGGCCUAUGAAGGGUGAGUGGAUGAAGGGUUGCCCGCUGAGCCAGAAGCGCCGCUUCCUUGCUGACCUGAUGGCCGACCUGAGCGAGGAGAAGAGGGCCCAGGGAGCCAAUGCAUCAGCUAUCAGGUCGCCCCUGGAGACGAAGGGACUGAGCGAGUUGGAGAUGGUCGCCCGGUGGAAGCUAGCCACACUCGACGCCAACAGCAAUGGGAUCCUGGAGAGGAAAGAAUGGAAAAAAUUGCGGAAAACUAACUUGAAAAAUAAGAAAUAUCCUCGCAAGUGUCGGCGAAACUUCCUCCGCUAUUGCGACGCGAACAGCGAUCAGCGAGUGGAAUUCGACGAGUGGAAAGACUGUCUUGGUCUCAAUCGCAAGGAUAAUUAUAACGUGUUGCCCGGGGUGGACCGCCGCGGCAAGAAAAAUCCAUUUAUGGAUCAGUUGACAUGAGGGCUUGCCCGGAGACUACCUGCUAUUUCCGGUCCGAGCGGUGCGCAUGUGCAGUAGCUGACACUCGGUGCUUGCAUCAUUGUAUGAGACCUUGGCAAUAUUGUGUGGCAGUGUGGCGUAUUGUGAAGCUCGGGCCUCUGUUGACAAGGCGGCAGUGAACUGUCCUGUGAUAGGGCGUGACAUACAAUAAGGAGAGACAUGUUGAGGUAUGGACAAAGCAGGUGCUUGGAAAGUGGUCAUCCCCCAGGGUGUUAGACACAACGGACCGGCCUUAUCACUUCAUUGCAGUAGUGGCGUGUAUAUAUGGCCAUCAUUAUACACAUGUGCCUGGAGGCGGGACAACCAUGGGGUGUCACUGACUUGCAACGCUGGUGAUGUUGACGACGACAAUGAUGCCUGCACCGACGCCAACUGCCUCCACGACAAGAGGGAACAAGCAAGCCGAUCAUGCACUUUUUGAACAAUUACUGAUUGCUCCUGUGUGAAAUCCAUGUGCACAUGUGUGGUGUUCGUUUGCGAACCAGUUAGAAAUAUCCAUUAUCUUAAAGAAAAGUAUUUUGUAAAAGGCUUUCUGUCGGUGGCCUGUGUUCCAACACGACUCAGAGGACAUGUGAUGAGUGUCUACCCACAGCUUCUCCGCCAAGGAUUUAAAUAGUUUGAAUAUUGUGUAUCCUGUUUCCACGUGACAUAGCUUAUGUUGAAUAUACAUUGUCAUACGAUCGUAUUGAAAUCCAAGAUGUCCGUUUGUCCAUACAUGUAUGAUGACGUCACAGAUGUGGCUGUUUUCAUACAUUAGUAUAUGUAUGAUGACGUCACAUAAUCGGCUGUGUCCGUAUACCGGUAGUUGUAGGACUGAUUCGUGACACCAUAAACCCACAGCUGCAGACGUAGCUUGAACAUCCUGGCGUGGCAUUGCCAGAGAACCGGUAAACAUCAAUCUCAAAUGUUUUCUGUUGCACAUUCAAAAUGUUAGAACUAAUUGAGAGGGUUACAUCUGACGGAUUGCCCAGUGAGUUUCACGUCGCCCGUGUCCGACGUCUGUCAAAUCACCAGGCUGACCUGUGCACCAUGGCAAUCCUGGACACUGCACCAAGUAGGUUUGUGGUGAAGCUGUUUCCUAUUGUUUGAAGAUGUGACACUUCCUAACCCCUGUCGUCGCCUCAAGUCGCCGCCCACAUACACAUUCGCCUUUUGCGCUUAGCGAGUUAUUGCUUCAUAAGAAUGCUUUGAAAUUGUUAUCUAUAUCUGUCCAGGCACAGUCUGUCACGUUUAGAGUAAUAUUAAAUAUAUUUCUGCCGUGAAGGACACAUGUGCUUCUUUUCUGUAUAUCUUAAGCGAUUCCUUAAUUGUGAUCUAUUUGUUUCUGUCAAAUUAACGUGUGAUGAGAUUGUAACUGUCAACAUAACAUGUGAUCACAAUGGAACUGUCCACUUAACGUAUGAUCGCUUUGUAUACGUCAAUAUAAAAUGUCAUCACUUUAUAUAUGUCAAUUUAUCAUGUGAUCACAUUUAUAACUAUCAACAUAACAAAUGAUCACUUUGUAUCUAUCAGUUUAACGCGUGAUCACAUUAAAACUGCCCCCUUAACCGUGAUCACAUUGGGGCUAUCAAUUCAAAUUGUGACCAUGUUGUAACUGUCAUUUUAACUUGUGUCCGUGGCGAAUGUGUUGUAUUCUAUUGUCUGUCAAUUGCACGAGCCCGAUUGGGGUCACGUGAUUGUCACGUGAUGUAUCUUCCAGUCUUUGUGAAUAGGAGUGGAGCAGCGAUUUCUCACAUGUUUUUGUUGUUGAAAUCUGAAUAAAAUUUAAACUUUU